AUGUGUAAUGUUUACUUCCUGCGUGGUUUCGUCUUCCUGUGAGCUAAAAUAUCUGCUGCAGCCUGCAGGAUCAGCUCAUCUUUACUCAAGUCAGUAAAAGUAUUUGGCCUUUUUCCAUGUUAACGUUCUGUAAUUAUAUGUUUUUAUAAGACAAUGGGUCUGCUGUUAACGUCAACAUUAAGUAAUUAAGUAGUUUAAGUAAAGUGCAAAGUAGGCUAACUGUAGCUAAUCUGGUGGAAGCAAUACCGUUUUAAAUGAACGAAUAUUAGCUGUGGGUCCUUUUUCCGUCUUCACAUUUAUGUGAUAUUAGUGUCUCCUAAUAUUUCAUAUCUUGCUAUAAACGCUCAUUUUGUUAGUUUUCCCACCUUCGGUCGAUGCUAGUUACCGGCUAGCGACGUGUUAGCUUACUGUAUUAGUCUGUCACAAAGGCAACAAUGAAUAUCCUUCCGAAGAAAGAGCUGCAUGUCCGCAACAAAGACAACUUCAGUGUGCGGAGGGAUGAGGCCAAAGCAGCAGAAGAGGAGCUCGAGGCCAAGCGUCGAGUUGAACGUGCAGAACAAGAGGCACGUACAGAGUAUCUGAGAAGGAAGGGCUCGAGAUACGCUCCAGUCAAGCAGAGGAAGGGGGGUGAUGGUGAUGAUGAUAAUGAACGGAGCGAAGGGGAGUCCUGCUGUGAGCAUCUCAAUCUUUCCCUGUGGAGGAGUCUUCAGAGAAAAAAGGGGAACGCGGAGUAUCUCAGAGAAAGAAAAGAGGAAAGGAAAAGCAGGGAACGUGCCAUUGGUUUACUGGUGUCUCUGGGACCCCAACCUGGUUCAGAGGUUACUCCAUGGUAUAGAAAACUGGUGAAAAAAAAGAGGAGAGGAGUGAAAAAGAGAAGAGGAAAACACUAACCUGAGGAGGAGAGGGAAAAGAAGGAGCGUAGACUGAAGGACAGUUUGGACCCAUUAAAAGAUAUAAAGAAAGCUCUUGGUACAAAUGGCAGGAGGGAGCAUAAGAGCAAGAAGAAGGAAAGAGAGAUAAGGGGAAAAGAGGAGCCCGGAGAGAGUGACGAGCUGUCUUUUUUAGUUUCCAUAGAAAGAUUACGUGCCGAGCGUUUACAGAGGGAAGCUGAAGAACGGAGGAACCAGGCCCUGCUCGAUCAGAGGAGCGGAAAAGGAAAAGAUUCAGGGAGAGAAAUGAAUGACAGAGACAGACCCUACAACAGUGCUUACUUCCCAGAACUUGCGAAGCGUCAGAGGCGGGAUCGAGACAGCUGGAGAGAGAGAUAUUAAAAUCCUGAACCUUCUGCUGGUUGACCCUGAACUCUGUGGACUCUACAGAGCUGGAGUUGGUGGUUGAUUUGUUUUCAACUCCACCAGAAGGUAACAUGGAGAGUGUCAUGGGUUUUUACCUGGACCUGGCACUGUCAGAAAGGUCAGUGAUGAUGCAGUGUACAGCUGCUGGUCAUAUAUUUUUGUCUACCUAGCUCCACGGAGAGGUCAGAGGUCAGGUUCAUUUCCAGCUACCUGAGCCCCUGCGGUGAUUUGCUCAUGAACACGUCAGCAGGGCAGAUGGUUGCAAUCACAGGGGGCUUCAGGCCUCAGAGAACAACACUCAGUGACAGACUGGUAGUGUGUUUGUCCACUGGUUUGGUGUUUAAUUAUCUGCUAAAGUCAAAGAAAAUAUCCAGCUCUGUCUUAUUUCAUAUAUUUGUUGUACAUUUGUACAUCUGUUCAGAGUGAAGUAAUAAAUCCAGCAUGGCACCAUA